GCUUCAGAGAGAGUAGAGAUCAUUGCGGAAAUAUUUUGCAUUUAUAAGAACAAUGGAGAAUAUUUAUGUCAACAUUGAAGAACUCAAACCUGUCAGCCCAAAACACUCAACAAAUUGCUCAGAUAAGAAGACACAAAGAGGUCCAUGGAGUUUAUAUUUGGGUUUUACUGUCUUUCUGUGUGUUUUCCUGUUUGCUGGGCUCAUCAUCCUUGGUGUUCUCUACGUCAUCAAAGACAACCUGACUGCAAAGAGAAACUUGCUCAACGCCAACCUGACUAAAGAGUUGGAGAGUUUGUCUGAACACAACCGUAAGUUACAUGAUUCAGUUGCAGAGCUCUCUGCCAUCAAAGUUAACUUGACUGAGCUCCUACAGACCAGCAACAACAAACUCUCCUCCAUGACUGAAGAGAGAGACCUGCUGAACGCAAACCUGGCUAAACUUCGGUGUUUGUUUGAACCGAAGAAAAUGUGCCACGGAGAAUGGAAAAUGUUCAGUUGUUCCUGUUAUUUCUUCUCUAAAGAGUCUGGUUCCUGGGAUAAAGGGAGACAGGACUGUAGAAACAAAGGAGCAGAACUGGUGGUGAUAAACAGCCCUGAAGAACAGAUGUUUCUAUUCAACGUCACCAAAAACUACAUGUGGAUCGGUUUGAAUGACAGAGAAGUGGAAGGAACCUUGAAAUGGGUUGAUGGGACUCCACUGACUCUGCAGUACUGGACGGAAAAUCAGCCUGAUAAUGGAGGUGGAGUUAAUACUAAUGAGGACUGUGUGCAUACAGGACAUAGACACACCCCUGCUUGGAAUGAUCUGCCAUGUACAAACUCUCUUCCGUGGAUUUGUGAAAAACUACCAUAACAUUGUUGUACAAUUUGCUUGAAGAUCAGAUAUUUACCAGUCUUUUAACUUUAGCUACUGAAGCACUAUUCAUUUAUUCUGCAACUGUAAACUGCACUGACAAAAAUAUUCAUGCUCAAUACUACCCACAUAACACACAUAUACAUAUGUGUGUGUAUAUAUACAACACAUACAACAUUUAAUUUAAUUAAAUAAACCCCAUUUCACUGAA